AUGUGUGAUACAAGCAAUCGAGGAGGUGCUUCGCAGAUGGUCUGUAGCGCAGCUCUGGCGGCUAUGAGAUUGUCUGCCAUACCAAUCAAACAGGAGCAGGGUACUGUAUUGUGUAUACUGUUUCUGGUCGAGAAAGAACUCACUGCCAGAGAAGGGCCAUAUAUCAUCAGGAUAUGUGACCAGCUACAACUUUACGAUACAUUGUAUCAGGGGUAUCAAAACUGUCCAGUAGUCAGAGAUGAUACCGUUUAUCCGGCUUCGGAAUCAUCAGAACCAGUACCUGCAAGCAAGCACUUCGGUGAUAAGAGAAAGGUUGAGCAGCCCGGAGAAUGUGCGUCGUACAAGCCAGGAGAGACAGCCUCAAAAAUCAACGCUAGGCACCAGCCCGAGGAUAAUGGUACCGAAGUAGCAGACCUUUUGGACGAACUGAAUGACUUGAUGGAGCUGCAAAAACGCAUUUCAAGUAAAGUAGACGACGUGGUCUCUCGUCUCAAACAAUUCACUCAGAGGAGCUUGCUCAAGGGCGGCAACCAUGUUAGAUGGGCGGAUAGUGCCAGUGCCCACAACUUUGAUGACGAUAAACACCGCCCCAGGAAAAGAGCACGUGGAAGUUUAUAG